AUGUUGGCUGCAGGUGUGCGGGUGCCGUUGAGGCUUCGCUCGAGCUAUUCUCUUUCAUAUAAUCUGCGUCGUCAGUCAUCAACGCCAUGGUCGCGGCAUAGUCUUGUCUCGCGGAGCUUCCAUCGCUCGACUUGUCUCCGCGAGCAACAUGCUCCGGCUGAGCUUCCGAGCUUCUUGGAAGCUUACAAACAGGCUGUGGAAUUCCCUCCGGCUACCCAUGACUUCCAGACCUUUCUCGGCCAGGCCGAGCCCAACAUGCAGGUCGUCCUGCACGGCUACAUAGGCCAGCGGGCCGACCUCUCCAAAAAGCUAUCCUUUGUCCGCCUGACGGACCCGACGAUGAAAUACAGCAUACAAGUGGUUGCCUUCGGCAAAAAUGACGCUACCGAGAAGCUCAAGUCUCUUAAUGCUCAUAGUCCCGUCGCCGUGCGCGGUAAGGUUCAAAAGAAGAAAGGCAAGAACACUGACGCAGGAGACAAGCCCGCGGAAGAAAAAUGGGAGCUUGCACUGGAGGACGUUCACCCAUUGAAUGACUUCCCCAAGGAUAUAAUCAUGACGCCUGAGACCGUCUUUGCGCCGGAGCAUCGAUACCUCCAGCUACGCUCGGAUGCAGAACUACGCGAUGCUUUGCAAUUUCGAGCCGAGGUUCGCAAUGAAUGCAAGAAGGAGUUGGAGAACUGCCAACCCCCAUUUGUCGAGAUUGAGACGCCACUAUUGUUCAAGUCAACGCCUGAAGGCGCGCGCGAAUUCUUGGUACCGACCCGCCGGGCGGGACUUGCUUAUGCCUUGCCCCAAAGCCCGCAGCAGUACAAGCAGAUUCUGAUGGCGAGUGGUAUUCCGAGAUACUUCCAGUUUGCUCGUUGCUUCCGUGAUGAGGAUCUUCGAGCGGAUCGGCAGCCGGAAUUUACCCAGUUGGAUCUGGAAAUGUCCUUUGCCACCGGCGAGGAUGUGAUGCGUACUAUUGAAGGUGUUGUCCGACGGCUUUGGGCAAAUUUGAUGCAGGAUCCGGCUCCUGAAGGACCAUUCCGUAGAAGGUCAUACCAGGAAGUUAUGGCCAAGUAUGGUUCCGACAAGCCUGAUACCAGAUACGGCAUGGAGCUUAUGCGUCUCGACCACCUGCUUCCCGCCGAUCUUGUUAUGAAAAUUUCGCCGCUGGAAAAUCCUAUCGUCGAGGCUUUCAAGCUUGAGAGCCAAGACAAUGACCCUGCCGCAACACUCAAAUUUAUUGGCCAAUUCUUGGACUCUCCGGCGGGCGCUCCCUUUAAUAACAACCCAGAUGGAGGGCCAGGUGUCUUUGUCUACAAUGGCAAGCAACCACUCUGCGGUCUCCAGCCCUUCGGCUUCGAAGCCGCCGAACAGAUCGAAGAACUUCUCGAGCCCGAUCACGGCGACUUGAUCAUCAUCCAAGCCCGCCCUCGCGCCCCCUUCGCCGGCGGCGCAACACCAGUUGGUGACCUCCGCCGUGCCCUUCACGGCCAUGCAGUUUCAGCUGGAUUCUCGCCCUCCCCGACAGGCUUCGACUUCAUGUGGGUUGUUGACUUUCCGCUCUUCUCUCCCUCCUCCGACUCCGAACCAGGCCAAGGCGGUGCUGCUGGCUUCUCAUCUACACACCAUCCCUUCACAGCUCCCAAGACUGCUGCCGACGUGGACAUGCUCCUAGCAGACCCUACAAAGGUUGUUGCAGACCAUUACGAUCUCGUCGUAAACGGCGUCGAGCUUGGCGGCGGUAGUCGCCGUAUUCAUGAUGCCGCUGUGCAGGAGUUCAUUCUCCGUGAUAUCCUCCAGAUGAAGCCCGAGCGCCUGGUUGACUUCGAGCACCUCCUUGAUGCUCUCCGUGCUGGGUGUCCGCCGCAUGCUGGCUUGGCAUUGGGCUUCGAUCGCCUCGUUGCUGUUCUGCUGGGUAAGGAAUCCGUGCGUGAUGUUAUCGCUUUCCCGAAGACUGGCAAGGGUGGCGAUGAUGCUAUGGUUCGUGCGCCAAGUCCUAUGACUGAGGAGGCGCUGGAGACAUAUCAUCUGCGACUUCGGAAGUAG